AACCGGUUUGCUGGACGAUCCUCGAAUAAAAAGAAAGAACAGCAGUUUAAAAAAGUUUUUAACUUACUGUUAUUUCAUUAUAACUCAUUUUUAGACGCGCUUAGGUCUAACUACGGUUACGGAUGUGCCUUCCUUUGACGGAUACGAGAUUGCAAGCGAAGAUAGAUCGGAAGUUCCAAGACUUCAAGGAUUACACCCUGCAUGCAUCAAAGCACCAGAAGGCCUAAACGCUCAGCACUGAAAAGGUGUGAAACACAAAGGGAAAGUGAAAGAAAGUCUUUUUAAAACAAUCUCUGCUUAAAAAAAUCAUUUCAAAUUAGUUACCAAAGAAUACAGACAAUUAUGUUUCAUAACAUUUCUUACAUGUUAUUUAUUGGAACAGCAAUUAUUGCCAAAUGCUUUAGCGCUUCAACUCAAACAUCCGUCACCUACGAUGACGAAUCAUUUCAUACUACGAUAAUUGACGAGGAACUACCAAACAAACACGAAUCACUGAAAUCGUGUUUCACUUUUGAUUUGGAACCAGAUGAAUAUGUAAUGUUCCCAAAUAAAACUGCCCAUGUCCCAGUAUACAACAAAACUUAUGAGGAAGAACACUACAUACUCAUUGGGGACAUGAUUAGAAUCUGUGCACCAUCUGAAGUAUUUAAUGAACAGCCAUCCCAACUGGCAACAGCGACUUUGAAUUAUGUUACCAUCACAGGCCUAGCUGUAUCUAUGCUGUUUUUGCUGAUACAUCUAGUUGUUUUUGUUCUUGUUCCAGAUCUGCAUAACUUACCAGGAUGCAAUUUAGCAUCGAUGUGUUUGUCGCUGUUCCUCACCUACGUUUUGUUGAUGUUUGUGGCAAAUGAUAGUGUGGCUGAGAACAGUCUUGCUUGUACUGUUGUAGCUGUCCUGACUCAAUUCUUCUUUCUUGGGUCAUUUCUAUGGAUGUUCGUGAUGGCUUUUGAAGUUUUCCGAUCCAUCCUAAACGCCACAGAAAAUUUGAGAUCAUCCGUGAAAGGAUUCAGGCUGAAAAAAUACAUCUACAACAGCCUUAUUUGUUGGGGAACAGCUUCAGUUUUUGCAGCAGCAGCUCUAAUCGCUGACAAUAUAGAAGGUAUAGAUGAAUCCUAUAGGCCAAAAUUCGAUGAAUCUUGCUGGUUCAGAUCAAAAACGUCCCUCCUGUCGUUCUUUGCCGGUCCUGUGUUUACUAUAAUUUGUUUGAACUUUAUUCUGUUUGCAGUCACUGCUUACAGCAUAUUUGUGAAUCGAAUGAAAGCUGGAGACAGCAGCAAAAGGGCAUACAUCAAGAAAAAUUAUUUGACAUAUCUGCGACUGGCAGUUAUCAUGGGUGUCACGUGGAUAACUGGCUUACUGGCACCUUUGGUUAAUCUUCUAUGGUUAUGGUAUUUGUUUGCAAUCCUCAAUUCACUUCAGGGGCUCUUCAUAUUUAUAGCUUUCACUUGCACCGGCAAAGUGAAGAAAUAUUUCAAGUCAAAUCUGUUGAAUAUUCGGAGAUCUUCUACCCAAACUCUCACUACGCCGACUUUUCAAUCCUACUGUUUUUAUGCAAACUCCAUAGAAAAAGAUUUGGAUAAAAUUGUUGAAAACAAAGAUAAAUCUAAUCCUAUUGAUACCAUAGUUAUACAUCUGUAAGUAACUCUUAACUUAUCCAGAUUGUCCAUCUUUAAAAUUGAUUCACAUGAAUAUACAUCAUUUUUUUACUCAAUGAAAUUGUCUGUUUUUUUACUCAUUGAAUGAAGUAAUUGAUUCAUUUCAAUUUAGAGUUCUACCAUUUCAGUAUUCCAUGCAUUUAAUUGCGCACAAUGCAUUUUGUAAUU